CCAGACUCAACAUUCCCACUGAAAGCUCUGGCCUGGCAGUCAGUUAAUGAAUAAGCGCCUAGUGAUUUGGGGAACAUACGCACUACUCUGCAUCGGGCUUGGCAAACAGCCAAAGAAGACGGUCCGUGAGGAGCGGGGAUGCAAAGUCUACACUCCUUUUCUAAACCGCAAUCUCUCACGGUCUGCUGAUAUAAAAGAAUCCAAACUGCGAAGGAAUUCACUCUGCUGUCGGCACAGUCGACAUUUCGAAGAUGUCAAGCACUGUGCUGUGCUGGAUUUUGCGCCGUGUAAAGAAUGAAGUUGUUUGCUUGCGAGGCCAGCACAGACUGUACUCCAGGUGUCUCAGCCCAAACCACAGCAGUAGUAAGGUGAAACGGAAGAGAAUGAAGCUGCUGAGCUCUCCGUCGCAGACCGGUCUCAGCAGAACCGAUAACAGCGUCUUCAGCAUGCGAAAGCUAUUCAGACACUCGUCCACAGAAGAGGAGCUUCAGUUCCAGCUCACUCCAGUGCAGAUCAACAGGAUUCUCCGAGCCAAUGAGCAGUCGGUCAAGAUCCCAGAAUUUGACGGCAAGAACCUCAACCCGGUGCUCAAGUUCGAGAGCAACCAGCUUCCGGCCAACUCCCCAAACGAAGACCGCAGGAGCGCAGCCACCUGCCUGCAGACCAAAGGAAUGUUGUUUGGGGUGUUUGACGGGCAUGCAGGGUAUGCCUGCGCCCAAGCAGUGAGCGAGCGGCUCUUUUAUUACAUCUCUGUGGCCCUCAUGUCUCAGAAGAAUCUGGAGGAGAUCGAAUUCGCCAUGGAGCACAUGAAACCAGUGCUGCCCAUCCUGCAGUGGUACAAGCCCAUCAAUGAUUACAUCUACAGGAAGCCUGCUUCUCUCUACUUGGACCACCUUCGGGUUUUCUGGCAGGAGCUGAUAGACCAUGACAAUGCAGAGGGCAUGAGCACGGGUGAUUCUCUGGCUUAUGCCUUCAAGAGACUGGACUCUGAUAUCUCCCUGGAAGCCCAGGUUCCCCUGGACAGUGACAUCAUGAGGAACAUGGCCAUUCAGGUGGCGUUUGCUGGCUCCACAGCCUGUGUGGCCCAUGUGGACAAUAUUGACUUACACGUGGCCAACUCGGGGGACUGUCGGGCGAUCCUGGGGGUGCUGGAAGAGGACGGGUGCUGGUCUUCUUUGCCUCUCACACAUGAUCACAAUGCACUCAACCCAUCAGAGCUGGCACGAGUCAGAUCGGAACACCCUAAAUCAGAGGAAAACACAGUUGUAACCAGGGACAGAUUACUGGGUCUCCUGAUGCCUCUUCGGGCUUUCGGGGAUGUAUGCUUCAAAUGGAGCAAGGAGCUUCAGCAGAGCAUCUUAGAAAGUGGUUUUGACUUGGAAACCCUCGACAUCUACCACUACGCCCCACCUAACUACCUCUCUCCGCCCUACUUGAAUGUGGACCCAGAGCUGACCUACCACAAGCUCAGACCCCAGGAUAAGUUCCUCAUCCUGGCUACUGAUGGUCUUUGGGACAUGCUGAGCAAUGAUGAAGCAGUAAGACUGGUGGCAGAGCAUUUAACCGGUAUCCACUUAGAGGAGCCUGUGGCUGCCAGUGAGAGGCAGGUGAAGCUUGGGCAGAUGCACAGCCUGCUGCUGAAGCGUAGAGCCAGGGCAGUGCCCUCACACGAUCCUAACGUGGCCACACACCUGAUCCGCAACUCCAUCGGUACCAACGAGUACGGGGAGAUUGAGCAAGUGCAGCUGUCUGCCAUGAUGAGCCUCCCUGAGGACCUGACCAGGAUGUACCGGGAUGACAUCACCGUCACUGUGGUCUAUUUCAACUCGGACCUAAUCAAAGCACACUAUAAGGAGAACAAUUUACGUUUCCUGUAGUGCACUGCAAAGAUGUAUUCUUGAGUUGACUGUGGACUGCAAUAUAAUAUGUAUUAACUGCCCAUUGUGUGUAUUCAGGGGUGUCCCCUAUUAACAGGGAUUUGAAAAAAUGAAGACAAGUUUGAGUGUAAGUCAGGAUGGGGAGAAUUUAUCCAUUCAAAGAUUAUGACAUUUAUCAAAACAACAACAACAACAACAACAAAAACAUCCCUGGUACCUUUUGUAAAAUGGAUCAUCCUGUUAAGGUCACUUUCUCUUUACAUUUUGUUUAACAUGACAGUAGUUUCUCUGGCUUUUGAUUUUAGUAAAUAGUCUCACUAUGACACAGCCACUGUAGGCCUAAACCCAUUAUUGUUCUUGUUUUGAUGUUUGUUUUUAUUUUGGGUAAUGUUUUGUUGAUUUUCAGUCAGGUUGUUUCCCAGGGAAUAUUUUGGGGUUGUCAGUGAUUUAUCACAGUCGCUGUCAUCUUGCUAAAGGCAGUGUUAUCUGUAAGUAUACAGUGGCCAGCCCCUUUGCUCUUGUUGAUGUGCAUACUCCAGUUCUGGCCUGUACAGUUUCCUCACUACAUCCUGUAUUCACCCUUUACGUUUUUGUGAGUCUAGAUUGAGACCUUUGUAAAGUGCCACCGUCCUCAGCAGCUGUCUCUUUCCUUGCCCUUUUAAAAGUUGCUUCAGAUCUACAGUAUCUAUCAUUUUCUUGCCAUUCUUUAAGAUUUAUUACUUACACCUGAACUUGAUUAGACAAACCUUAAAGAGAAAAAACUCUGUUCUUGCAACUUAGAUGCACAGUAAAAUCUGCUGUUGGUUGAAUUGCAAUGCAAUGGGAGUGUCAUUUCGAUCCCUGUUAAAGAUAUCUUGACAAUCUCCAGUCAUUGAUUCUUGGAUAAAGAUGCUAGUAAUAAUCUUUCUUUUAGUGGCCAAAAAAACCCUGAUUGUGCCAAUCUUGCACUGAUUUAACAGUCUGCAAUGUGCAGCUCCUUCACAGAAAACACUGUAUCUGUUAAAAGUUUAUUUGUAUUGUAGCUUAAGAACUUUCCAGGUCUUUAUGUUGUGUCCAGCAUUUCAGCCAUUUUGUCUGAUUCUGUAAAAUUGUUAAUGGAGUAUUAUAAUAAAUAUAUAGUAUUCACAAUGUUA